GCGCACGGGCAGGACUCCAGGGACCAAGCCCUGGAACAUCCCCCUGCUUGCUAGCCCGCAGCCCCGAAGUUAGAAAGAAGGAAGAGGGAGAGCAGCAUCGUCCAGGGACACGAUGCCCACGAACUUCACCGUGGUGCCCGUGGAGGCACAGGGAGACGCUGCGGAUGGCUCUGGGGAUUCCGGGCUAGCGCUGGGGGAAGAGCAGGAGCGGCAGCCUCUGGCGGCUCCCUCAGAGGUCCAGCCUUCGCCUGGCCCGGAGCCGCGAGACUGCAGCCCCCAGAUCUUGGGAGAUGGGACCCCUAGAGAAAACAGCCCUUUCAUUAACAAUACUGACAUGGAAAGAGAGAAUAUCUAUGAAGGAAAGAACAUGGCUCUGUUUGAGGAAGAAAUGGAUAGUAAUCCCAUGGUAUCAUCGCUUCUUAAUAAAUUAGCAAAUUAUACCAAUCUGAGUCAGGGUGUCGUCGAACAUGAAGAGGAUGAAGAUAGCAAGCGAAAAGAAAUUAAGGCUCCAAGAAUGGGAACAUUCAUUGGUGUAUACUUACCCUGCCUGCAGAACAUCCUUGGAGUCAUUCUGUUUCUUCGUUUGACAUGGAUCGUAGGUGCAGCAGGAAUCCUUGAAUCAUUCAUCAUUGUAUUCAUGUGCUGUACUUGUACGAUGCUGACAGCAAUAUCUAUGAGCGCCAUAGCAACAAACGGUGUUGUUCCAGCUGGAGGCUCAUAUUACAUGAUAUCAAGGUCUUUAGGUCCUGAAUUUGGAGGGGCAGUUGGACUCUGUUUCUAUCUGGGCACCACUUUUGCAGGAGCCAUGUAUAUUUUGGGGACAAUUGAGAUUUUUUUGACUUAUAUUUCUCCAAGUGCUGCUAUAUUUCAUUCAGAAGAUGUUGAAGGAGAAAAUGGUGCCAUGCUCAACAAUAUGCGAGUUUAUGGGACAUGCACACUUGCCUUGAUGGCUAUGGUGGUGUUUGUAGGAGUAAAAUACGUCAAUAAGCUUGCCCUGGUAUUCCUGGCCUGUGUGAUCCUCUCAAUUCUGGCCAUUUAUGCUGGUGUCAUCAAGACUGCUUUUGAUCCUCCAAAUAUUCCGGUCUGUCUUCUUGGGAAUCGUACAUUAUCAAAGCGUGAUUUUGAUGUCUGUGCUAAAUACCAAGUCAUAAAUAAUGAAACAGUGACAACAACCCUGUGGAAACUCUUCUGCAACAGUUCUAUGCCUAGUGCCAAAUGUGAUGAUUACUUUGCCCAAAACAAUGUGACUGAAAUUCAGGGAAUUCCAGGGAUUGCCAGUGGCAUCAUACGAGAAAAUCUAUGGAGUGCUUAUGCAGAUAAAGGAGCAUUUGUAGAAAAGAAAGAUAUGCCUUCAUUCCCGGCAUCAGAGGAAAUAAAAUUUAUUAGCAGCCCUCCUUAUGUAUUGACAGACAUCAUGACAUACUUUACAAUGUUGGUAGGAAUUUAUUUCCCAUCUGUGACAGGUAUUAUGGCGGGUUCAAACCGAUCGGGUGAUUUGAGGGAUGCUCAGAAAUCUAUCCCUACUGGAACAAUUUUGGCAAUCGUGACCACAUCUUUUAUCUAUUUGUCCUGCAUUGUCCUUUUUGGAGCCUGUAUAGAAGGUGUAAUUUUGAGAGAUAAGUUUGGAGAAGCCCUGAAAGGAAAACUUGUGAUUGGCAUGCUGGCCUGGCCAUCGCCCUGGGUCAUUGUCAUUGGCUCUUUCUUCUCCACCUGUGGGGCUGGUCUACAGAGUUUAACAGGUGCACCUAGGCUACUGCAGGCUAUUGCAAGAGAUGGGAUUGUGCCUUUCCUUCAGGUGUUUGGUCAUGGGAAAGCAAAUGGGGAGCCCACAUGGGCCUUACUCCUUACUGCUCUCAUCUGUGAAAUAGGAAUCCUGAUUGCUUCCUUGGAUAGUGUAGCACCUAUUCUUUCAAUGUUUUUCCUCAUGUGCUACAUGUUUGUGAAUUUGGCUUGUGCUGUACAGACUCUUCUACGUACCCCAAACUGGCGUCCUCGUUUCAAGUUUUAUCACUGGACUCUGUCCUUUCUUGGAAUGAGCUUGUGUCUUGCCUUGAUGUUCAUCUGCUCUUGGUAUUAUGCCUUGUUCGCCAUGCUCAUUGCAGGCUGUAUUUAUAAGUACAUUGAAUACAGAGGAGCUGAGAAAGAAUGGGGUGAUGGAAUAAGAGGUUUAUCUUUGAAUGCUGCUCGUUAUGCAUUACUUCGGGUAGAACAUGGCCCACCACACACUAAAAACUGGAGACCUCAAGUUCUGGUGAUGCUGAAUCUGGAUUCAGAACAGUGUGUAAAACAUCCGAGGUUACUCUCAUUCAAUACCCAAUUGAAGGCUGGGAAAGGGUUAACGAUUGUGGGCUCUGUCCUGGAGGGAACAUACUUGGAUAAACACCAAGAAGCCCAGAGAGCCGAAGAGAACAUCCGAUCCCUGAUGGGAGCAGAAAAGACUAAAGGAUUUUGCCAGUUGGUGGUCUCUUCCAGCUUGAGAGAUGGAAUGUCCCACUUGAUUCAGUCUGCUGGUUUGGGUGGCAUGAAGCACAACACUGUUCUUAUGGCAUGGCCAGAGUCAUGGAAACAAUCAGAUAAUCCCUUCUCAUGGAAGAAUUUUGUUGAUACGAUCCGAGACACCACUGCAGCACAGCAAGCUUUGAUGGUGGCUAAAAAUAUUGACAUGUUCCCACAAAACCAAGAGCGCUUUAGCGAGGGGAACAUAGACGUGUGGUGGAUUGUUCAUGAUGGUGGCAUGCUUAUGCUGCUGCCAUUUCUGCUACGCCAACACAAGGUGUGGAGAAAGUGUAGAAUGCGUAUCUUCACAGUUGCGCAGAUGGAUGACAACAGCAUUCAAAUGAAGAAAGAUCUUCAGAUGUUCUUGUACCAUCUUCGUAUUAGUGCUGAGGUGGAGGUCGUUGAAAUGGUAGAAAAUGACAUUUCGGCUUUUACCUAUGAGAAAACAUUAAUGAUGGAGCAGAGGUCCCAGAUGCUGAAGCAGAUGCAACUUUCCAAGAAUGAAAGAGAAAGAGAGAUUCAGAGCAUCUCUAAUGAGUCUCGAUGCUCUAUCAGAAGGAAGAGCCGCUCUAGUCCACAGUCCAUUGGUCAGGAUGUACAGGCCCUGCUGCCUAAUGACAGCCAAGAGGAAGAGGCUCAAUUAAUACAUGACAGGAACACUGCAUCCCAUUCUGCAGCAGUUGCCAAGACGAAAGCAGUAGCUGCACCAGAGAAGGUUCAAAUGACCUGGACUAAGGAAAAACUCAUCAGUGAAAAACAUAAAAACAAAGAUACAAAUGCAGCUGGAUUCCGAGACCUUUUUACUUUGAAACCAGAAUGGGGAAAUCUAAACCAGUCCAACGUCAGGAGGAUGCAUACAGCCGUGAAGCUUAAUGGAGUCGUCCUCAACAAAUCCCAGGAUGCCCAGCUGGUCUUGUUGAAUAUGCCUGGUCCUCCCAAAAACCGACAAGGAGAUGAAAAUUACAUGGAAUUCCUGGAAGUUUUGACAGAAGGACUAAACCGAGUGCUUUUGGUGAGAGGUGGAGGCCGAGAGGUGAUCACCAUCUAUUCCUAAUGCUGCUGGUGACCACCCAGAGCUUGUUUAGAACAUGGCGGCACUGAGUAUCUAAGUGGAUAGAAACACUGGACAAGCAGGUCUUGGGUUCCUGGAAGUUGAGCAGUUGAAAUGUUCCUGUGUACUUGAAAUGAUAUGCCAGCUUGAUCUGCUGAUCCAUAUGUUAUGCUUUUUUACAAAAAGAAGUGAUCUGAUUUUUUUUUUUAACCUAGAGCAGAAUUCUUGUUAAUACUGAAGAUAUUUUAUUUGUCUGCACUGUUAAAUAAAAAUCUGGGGGGUUGGGGGUGGGAGUGGGGAGCUGGAGUGUGAAUGUGUGUGUGAGAGAUUUAAAAAGAAUUACAAAAGCCUUCCCGCCCUACCACCCCCACCACCCCAGUUUAUUUGUAGUAUCUGGAAUAUUGAUCAUGUUCUCACUACUUCAUUGUACUAUGCAUUUGGGAUGAAACUGAUGGUAUCUUUUUUUUUUUUAAUCCUGGGUUGGUUUUGUUUUUGUUUUUUAACUGAUGCCAGGACAGCUGAGCUUUUAUUCAGUGAUAAACUGUGAAGUUGGCUAAAGCUGAUCAAUUUUCUGAUCCAGGAUUCAAACUUUUUUUGGGAUGUACCUAUUAACAGUCUUUCUAAAUGUAAAACCAUUACGUUUUCAUUUUAUUAGCUCCAGAACAUGGAUUUAUAAAAAGUUCACUUUUUCAAGUUUAUUUUCUGGGUGAUAAGAGGUACAUUUUGUAAAGAAGUAAACUGCCUACCUUUUUUAAAAAAUCAUCCAUUCACUUUCCCCAUUUUUUCCUCUUGAAUCAUUUGACCAUUUUUCAUUUCCAUGAGCAUCCAAAGAUGUUUCCAUUCCUGCUCCUGGCGCAUCACUGAAGUUCAAGUCCAGAGGGGGAGAGUCUUGGGUAAUGAUGAGGGCCACACUCCCUUUCCAUACAGUAAGCCAAUGCUCAGACAUCUGCUUUUGCUCCACAGAAGACAGGCCAUUCAGCUCCAGUUGUCUUGAAAGAGCAGCCACUGUUCUUGAAACUUUUUUAAAAAGAUAUUUCAUCUAUAAGUCAAGUAUUUAGCCUAAUAACAGUUGUGUUAUAAUCCAGGUUUUAUAUUUCCUAAAAAAAAAAAAUUAAAAAAACAAACAACCAUCCAAACUAAUUCUUAUUUUCUCUCUGAUAGCACCUUUUUUUUCUUUUCUACUUUUUAAAAUGACUCAGAUAACGCUGUUGACACCUGUACAUUUUGUCUGCAACUACUGCAAUCUUCAUGUUCAGUUUUAUUCUGGUUUGUAAAUAAAUAAUCUUUUGGUCUUUGACUAAGCAUUGAUGCUGGCUAGCUCUAGCCAACAUCUUUGGAUAUGUUGCCAAUGUCUUAAAUAUCCAGAAGGGAAACAAGUACACAGAGAGAAGUAUCCUGAAAACCAAAAAGUGCAAUAUGUAAAAAAUAAACAAAAUGCUUUUGAGACUCCAAGUGGAAUUGUUAAAUAGCAAAGCUUAUAUAUAAAGCUGUUGGCAUGCCAGCAUUUCCAGUAUCAGAUAUGCACACUUCAAAUUGCAGCUAGUAAGUAUGCAUUCUGUUCUUACCCAUGCAUAGUAAGAGCUAAGAAAAACAUUUUCAGAGCGUCUGGGUUGGAUGGAGACAUCUUGUACCUUGUAAGAAGGAAUUAAGAAAUCAUCGAUCUUGUCAUCGAGCCCAAUAAGUCCAACAGGGUCUGACACUGAGUUUUUGUUGUUAUUUUUGUUGUUUUUAUUUUAUUUUAAUGGUCAAAAUCUCCUACCUGUUAUUUGUCUUCUGAGGAUGUCUCCCUAACUUCUCCUAUCAGCAUAUGACUUGCAGUAGUGUCCCAGAGGAACAAAUUGGACACAUAUCUUACAGUCUGGACAGGCUGGUCUUGUAUUUUUGUUUUUGUUUUUUUUUUUUCAUGUGGAUGUUUGAUUAUUGCACUUUAUCUUGGUCUUUCCAUUCAGUAGUUCAGAAUCAUUUUAUCUAAUCUGUAAAGGGGUUUUGUUUUUGUUUGUUUUUUUAGGGGUGGGGCACAUGAAUUUUUGGUAUUUGUGGCUUACCUGCUUUGUGACUUAUUUAUUUAUUUAUAUGUUCCAGGUGACAUUUUAAUGCCUGAAUUGGCAGCAUAUAAAGAGAGAAUCUCAACUCCAGAUAGAGAGGAAGGAGGAAGGGGUUUGAGAUGGCCCAUGUUUCUUGUUUAUUUUCCAGGAUAAUUCAUCGAUUCCUCUAGGAAAGUGGUUGGAUGUAGAGGAAGGUGAUAAAAAGAGCCUUCCUGUGCAGCCCAUUGCGAUGCAGAAGUUUAAAUAUGUAGUCUAAGUUCUGAGUCAGGAAUAAGCUUAUAGAUCAGCAUUGGGUCCUUCAUCGAAUGGGGUUUCUUUUAAUCCAGUUUUCCUCCCCCCUCUUCACAGACACAUGUCUCUUGAGCAUGAAGGAAUUAUAGAUGCUCUGGGAAUCCACCUGAAUAAGAAGCCAAAUUUCCAGAAUUGGACUCUCAGCUGGGUGGGAAAACCAUCAAACGAGUAAAUGUGUGCCAAAAUAAUGUUGUGGAAAACAUAGAUGAUCUCUUUUUUUCCUUCACAGCAAGAUGUCUAAUAAUAUACACAGUUUUGCCACCCUCGUAGAGAUGGACUUCUCUCUCUUGUGUGGGGCUCUGCAUGCGUGUGUGUGUGUGUCUGUCUGUCUGUCUGCAUGAAUGUGACCAUUAUUAAAAGGAGAUCUUCCUGCUGAGAGCAGGGUAGUUAUAAGGGCACACAGAGGAGGCAUUCAAAGAGGAGGCACUAUAGGGUGAAUGGCUUUUUGCUUUGCCCAUUUUACUUUAAAGUAGCUGAUUAAUGUGGCACACUUCACACAUGGUGCUAAAUUCCAUGGAAUAGUUGAAGGUAGUUCACUAAGGCUGUCAUAAGUUGGAAAUGAACAUGACAAGUCCACGGGUUGCUGUCUGUGUUUUCACCAGAUGUCAAUGUGUCCACAGUUUGUCCCCAGUUGUUUUGCAGUAUUUUGUUCAUGUAAACAACAGUGUAUCUUUUUCUACAUUAUAAACAUUUUGUAACCAAUAAGUGCAACCAUCUAGAGGUGAUGAUUUAAUGUUUGCUUUUAAUGUUUCCUUGUCUUUGUAUGAUUCUGUUUAGUAAAAUAAAAUGGGAUGAAAUCUGUUAAAAAAA